AUGAAUACCAAUACUGAACAACCACCAUGCCGCUGCGAAUUUGUUUACGACUGGGUGGAAAAGCAUCAAAUAUAUUUUGAUAACCCAGAGCUUACCUACAACCUCAAUCUUAAGUGUUCAAAACCAGUUAUGUCUUCGGGAGAAGAUCAGGCAGCCGUCACGCACUGUGGAGCUACAAAACAGAGGAAAAAGAAAGCUGUCAACUACAGAACAACACCGCUGUUUUAUGAGCCUAAGCUGUUUAAACUAGAUCCAGCCUUUUUUGUAGAGGAAUCGGAAUAUUCUGAUGAGGAGUCAGAAUAUUUUGGAGAAGAGUUAGAGUAUUCGGAAGAAGAUUCAGAUACGUCUGAAAAAGAAUCAAAGCUUUUUGAAGUGCAGACACAAUCUAAUGUAGAAAAGCGAGGAUCUUCUGAAGAAAAGCGAGGUUCUUCUGAAGAAAACCAAACGUUUGAGGAAGCGUCUCCAUACUUUGUGGAAGAGACCAUCUCUUCACAAGAAACAUUUGUACAACAGCCCGAAUAUUCAGAAGCAGGGUCAUCCUAUUUAACGUAUCAAGCACCAUAUAUGAGUCAACAGUAUUACCCGGAACAACCACACUUCGAACUUCAGACCGCCUAUAUGAAACCAGUACCAUCAUAUUAUGGAACACAGACACAAUAUUACAAGCCAAUGCCUCCUUACUACGCGCCAAUGCCCUUAUAUUACGGCCCAGCGGCCUUCCAGUGUGGUAUAGUGCCAGGAUACAAUAGGCAUUAUUAA